AUGAAAUACAAAGAAGGAAUGCCACUGACGAGCAUAGGCCAGGCUGGCAAUCACUUACUGAUGGGCGGGGGUGGAGGAAACCCUCUUUACGGAUUCCCGAACAGGUUAGUACUAGUUGAUACAGAGUUUAAUGAAGUAUGGUCACAGACAGUCAAGGAGAUAGUUGUCUCUGCGAAGGUGUACAGCAACCGGUAUGCGAUUGUAGAGUACCCCGACUCAUUCGAACUAUUUUUCAUAGAGGCCGGGAAGAUAGAAGGCCCUUUCCCCCUUUAUUUCGGGAUGCACUCACCCGUGAUAGUGAAGGACGUUCUGUACUACGUAAGGGAGGGCCGGGUGUACAGCGCAGAGGUCUCAAAAAUAAGAAAAGAAAAGGAAAAAAGGGAGACGGCAGAAAAAGAAGAAAAUGAAAAACGGGGCAGUGAUUUAGAAGAAGAAAGUGCAGAAGUACGGCUGGGAGAAGGAUCGAAAGUCCGGUCACUUUACACAAACGGUGCAUCGGUUCUUUAUACAACGGCCAAGAACGGUGCCCUAUUCCUUACACAGGAGAGCGAGGAGCAGGUCAUGCUUGAUGGAGUGAUUACUAAUUAUACAGCGAAUAAGUCAUUCGGGUACAUUAUCCAGCUGAAGGAUGACGAGUCCCUUAUAAACAUGACGCACAACGGCCGGACGUGGACUGUGAUUGAGCCUAUGUGCAUUACCGUACACUCCACGGGAGACGGUCGGUUUUAUGUGGGCACGGGCACUGGCGAGGUGAUUGCGUAUACGGGCGGGGUUGAGUUAUGGAGGAAGAAGUUAUUCCCGUCGCCUGUUUCAUGCAUAACGAGUGCCCAGGGCGUAUUAUACUGCACGUGCAUUAAUGGGCAGGUAUCAAAGACGUCUCGAGACGGUGCGAUGCGCCGGGUGGUCAAAGUGGGCUUAUUAUGUGUUGGUUUAUCUGCGUGCCUGGGUGUGACGAAGUAUUAUGCUGAGGCGCAGGCGUCGAAGGCCAUUGCGUGUGUGUACGGGUACAUUCAAGCAAAAUUCGGGAAGUAAUAAAAAGGAACUCUCUCACAGGGAAUCGAACCCUGGUCCCCCGCGUGACAAGCGAGAAUGAUAACCACUACACCAUGAGAGAUCCAUUAAAGAUAUACGUAUA